GAGGGCUGAGCUGUGUAACCAGCAGUCGCCAGUGUUGGGCGCCUUUAAUAAAUAAUGAAAGGGAGCUGCUGGAAGAGCUGCAGCUGAACUGCUGAUGUCAGGAGCUUCAGUGCAGCAUUUGAUGGUGCAGGCUGGACUGCUGUAGCCUCAGCUCUUCCUCUCCGGGACUCCCUCAUGCGAAACGGCCAGGAGAAGAGAUGCUGUCCUCGGUCAGACACUGCGCUGUGAUAGGGGCGCUCGUGCUGGGUUUGGUGCUGUGUGCGCACGGGAAGAAGGCGUUCAAAUGCCCUCAGUCAUGCAGCUGCUCCAAGGAGUCCAUCAUCUGCGUGGGGUCUUCUCAUGCCCUCCGGCUCUUCCCCAACGACGUCAGCUCACUGAGCAUCGUGAAUGGAACCUUCUCUGAGGUGAAGGAGGCGAUGUUCUCCCACAUGCCCUCUCUACAGCUCCUAUUACUUAACUCAAAUGCCCUUACUACAAUCAGGGAUGAUGCAUUCUCUGGCCUACCACAUCUUGAGUAUUUGUUCAUUGAAAACAACAAAAUUGAGACCACUUCUAAAUAUUCCUUCAGAGGACUGAGAGACCUAACCCAUUUGUCUUUGGCGAACAACAACAUCAAAGCCUUGCCAAGAGAUCUCUUCAUUGAUCUGGACUCACUAAUAGACCUAGAUCUAAGAGGCAAUAUGUUUGAGUGUGACUGUCGUGCCAAGUGGCUGAUGAUGUGGCUGAAGAACACCAAUGCCACUGUGUCAGAUGUCCUCUGUGCUGGCCCUGAGGAGAUGAAGGGCAAGCGGCUCAAUGACAUGGCAAGCCUCCACAACGAGUGCAUCUCCACAGAUUUCGUUCCACUUCAGUCUGUUGCGACUGAGUCUCUAUCUGUGGACACAUUCUCUCACAAGAAUGAUGUGUAUGUGGCCAUCGCUGCCCCUAAUAUAGAGAGCUGCAUGGUGCUUCAGUGGGACCACAUCGAAAUGAACUUUAGAAGUUAUGACAACAUUACCGGUCAGUCCAUUGUUGGCUGCAAGUCAGUGAUCAUCCAGAGCCAGGUGUUUGUGAUUGUUGCUCAGCUUUUUGGUGGUUCUCACAUCUACAAGUUUGAUGAGGACCAAAGCAAGUUUACCAAGUUUCAGGACAUUGAAGUUUCUAAGAUCUCCAAGCCGAAUGACAUUGAAGCUUUCCAGAUUGGUGAUGAUUGGUUCUUUGUUAUUGCUGACAGCUCUAAGGCUGGACUAUCGACCCUUUACAAGUGGAACGACAAAGGCUUCUACUCCUACCAAUCCCUGCAUGAAUGGUACCGUGAUACCGAUGCAGAGUUUGUAGACCUGGAUGGCAAAGCUCACCUCAUCUUGGCUAGUCGUUCUCAAGUCCCAGUAAUUUACCAGUGGAAUAAGAAUUCCCAGAAGUUUGUACUGCAGGGUGAAAUCCCUAACAUGGAGGACGUAGUGGCUGUCAAGGCUUUCUGGAUUAAGGAGGACAUUUAUCUGGCUAUGACACGAUAUAUAGGUGACUCUAAAGUCCUGCACUGGACUACCAAGCAUUUCUCUGAGGUUCAGGCCCUUCCUUCAAGAGGUUCCAUGAUCCUUCAACCAUUUUUCUUCAAAGAUCGCUACUACCUGGCUUUAGGUAGUGACUACACCUUCUCUCAGGUCUACCUGUGGGAUGCGGAGAAGAAGAUUUUCGAGCGCUUCAAGGAAGUGUACAUCCAAGCCCCUCGCUCUUUCACAGUGGUCUCCACGGACCGCAGAGACUUCAUCUUUGCUUCCAGCUUCAAGGGUAGCACGCAGAUAUUGGAGCACAUCAUUAUUGAUUUGAGCCUGUGAGAUUACAUCUGAACACAUGGUUUAAAAUGACCAUUUGGAAGUAUUUCAGCACCCUACAAGGUCUUCCAUUCAAAAUCUUAAUAUUUGCGAGCAACGGGUGAAGGUGAGAUGACGUUCACAUGGUGUGUACAGUACAUGGUAGAUCAUGCAUUUGUGUAAAGUUAAAGGUUGAUUUAGGGGAUUAUGUGCUCUUUCAAGUUCUUUUGUUAUAAUAAACCUUAACAGAGAUGUUCUUCAGCCCAAAAAACAUUAAUGGAAGACACACUGCACGCAGAGUGCAGUCACUCUUGUUGUACCAAAACCAUUUACAAUUAUAAAACGAUCAAAAUGGCUUGGCAUUACUACAGCAGACAUGCUGUGGCACCAUGCAUGAUACAGUUGCAUAAAUAUAAUAAUAAUAAUUUAAAUGCAGGCAUGUUUUACGAUUUUCUGAUAUUAACAUACGAAACACACACUGAACUAAUUCUGUCAACUUCUGUUACGUUAGUCUCCUUGUAUAUGUGAUAGUUCACUUCAUUUACAUAUCCUUGCAAGAGUAUAAAGCAAUGUAUUAUUUGUUGAAUGUAGGACCUGGUUCCUCUCUAACUACAUUCUGAAACUCCAACUAAGUUUGUUGCAUCCUCCAUUUAGUACUAACAUGCCUACAUUGCCUUACGGGUGCUUUGGGUUUUGGUGCAAAGAACACUCUGUAAGUAUACUCUGUAAAUGCUUUCUGCUGAAAUGAGACAUAACAUAUUUUUCUGUACAAGAUGUCUGAACUUUCUUGCUUUAACUUCACACCUUAAACCAUUAAACAAUGCGCUCUGGGAGUUUGUUAAACUCUGCAUUCUUGACAUUGUCUUCAAUUUGGCACAUUCCAGUCAUUGCUAUGCUUCUUUUUUUUUUUUUUUUUUUACACAUUUUUUAUUUGUAAUUCUAUUUUUUGAUACAUCUGUGGAUACUAUCUUAACUUAAGAUACUAUGCAGGUGCAAUUCAUACUUCUGACCUACUCAUAGAAUCUGUGCCUAUAAGCAUUUGAAGUAGUUUCAAAUGAAACUGACUGCAGAUCUUUACAGCCAUGUUUGAAAUACUGGAUAUAUUUGUUUUUACCACUAUACAUGUUUGAAAUGUUGCGAAAAGCAGUUUGUAAGAAUUGUAUGCAAAUGUUUAUUGGAUGUACAGUUGUCAAUUUUGUAUUUAGAGAUAUUCUCCUGCUCAUUUCAUAGCCGUUCUCCAGAUUUGGACUGAUAUAAUAUUCAAAUAAUUGUGGAAGUCUACACAAAGUCAUCACUAAACUGUCUUCAUGACUAGUGCUGGGAAAAAGAUUUAACACUAAUUUUAAAAUAAACUUCACUUGGUACUUUAUGUCCAUGCUCAUAUUAAGCAGAAUUCAUUGCGCCAUGUAGUUUAAAAAACCAAAUUAUUGUUUUCCAGUAAAUUUUAGUCAGUUUGUUUGUAAAAUACUCAACAAUACCAUACCAUACUCGAGCCAACAGGCAAACAAUCAUGUUACCCAAUCAUAUUUUCACCUUCCAAAUCUACCUGGCCCACCAAGCCAAGCUUUAAGUCUAAAAUGCAGAUGCAGUCUGGUAUGAUUAUCACCUUUAUAAUAAAGAAUAUUUUAUUUCCAGUUAUAUAUUUAAGGGUCCUGUUGGUUUGUCAGGUCCUUCAUUAUGUGCUGACUCACACCCCUGCACUGUAAAAUCUAAUUACUUGAUCUGAUUAACAUAAAGCAUGCAGACCAUUUGCAGAUAGUCACUGCAACACUGAGGUCAGGCAGUCAACCAUCACAUAAGAUAUUCAUGUAAAACUAAGGGAACGUAGUCCAGGGAAAAAGACUACACAGUGAUGGUGAGUGUCAGUGAGAGAAGAACAUAUCCAGUAUUUAAAUAUAAGGUGCCAGGCACCAAUGUUUUUUUUCAUCAAAAUGUAACUUACACCCUAAAGAUCACCAUAUUUAAUGGAAGCAGCUCAGUUUAUAUUGUGAGACUUAAUGAGGCUUUUUUUAUUUCAUAAUUGUUGUCUGCACAUAAAACAAUAAGUACAGUAAUUUUUCAUCCUGGAAUGAACUGGAACUUAAAAAAACUGCUAAUAAGAAGUUAAUUUUAUCAAUAAGUGCAUAUUGAUAGUGAACUUAAAUAAUGACAGCAUUGCAUUUUAUAUUCUGUGGAUCAUUAAAAAUGUUGACAUCAGCAUACAUGAGUACAGAAACUUUAAAUCAGAUAAUGGGGAUUCCUCUAAUGGAAUGACCUAAAUUUAAUGUCUACUGCUUUGAACAUCCACCUUCCUCCAUCUUUUUGUUACUCCAUCAUUUUUCUGUUCUGUUGAGCAACCAUCUGCUAGUUCACAAGUUGCAAAGCCAUAAAUCAUAGACUAAGGAGAAUCGUACUUGAACAUCCAAUGAAAUCAUUUAGUUUAAAGACAAAUUACAGGGAAAAGUAAAAAGCACAAACCUUUAAAAUUCCUCAUUCUCAUGUAUAGUUAAUCUUACGUUAUGCUGUAAAAAACUAUUGGUUCAUUGGUGUAUAUUUUCAAAAUCUUUUUUAUCAUUUGAGAGAAUACUGAAUGUCAACCAUGCUUAGAUUAUGAGUGUGCCAAAAGAAAAUCAUGUUUUACCUGCAGUGUGGAAUGUAAAACACAAGUACAAUUCUUUAAUAUAUCAUUACAGAUUGUAAGAGCAUGCUGUUCAGCUCUGAAUGUCUGAUUCAUUCAAGCUGCCUACAAUCUUCCGUCACGGAAUAGUGGAUUCAGAUUGCAGAUCCUAAAUAAAACUUCAUGGUUCCACUUGUUGCCUAAUCUAAGGGAAGCUAUUCUGUUGUUUUUUUUUUCAUGCCAUUUAUUUCUCUUCUGAUCUGUUGAAUGUUACUCUUUUUGUUUGAAUGUCUUGUAUGUUUUUGAAUACUACUGAACUAUAAAAUAAAUGCUUAUCAGAACUG